AUAGGCAUCUGGGCUGUGACGCUUAGGAUUCCUAAUAGUCUCUCGCUUUUUAUACAAAAAGCAGAAACCUGCCCAGUGUCAUUCGGCAAACCCACGACGGGCAAGGUCUCCCCGCGCAGGUCGGGUGGCCGCAGGGUGAGGGCCAGGGCAACCCGGCCCACGAGCCCCUCGGUGGGGAAGGGGCGUGUCUCCACGCGGCUCCGCCCCGGCCAAUGGGGAGAGGCCCCGCCCCCUGCCGCGGCGGGCCCGCCCCCCGGGACUCUUAAGGCGCGACCUGCCUCCAGCGAGCCGACUCCGGAGCCCGAGCCCGGGGCGGGUGGACGCGGACUCGAACGCGGUUGCUUCGGGACCCAGGACCCCCUCGGGCCCGACCGGCCGGGAAAGACUGAGGCCGCGGCCUGCCCCGCCCGGCUCCCUGCGCCGCCGCCGUCUCCCGGGACAGAAGAUGUGCUCCAGGGUCCCUCUGCUGCUGCCGCUGCUCCUGCUCCUGGCCCUGGGGCCUGGGGUGCAGGGCUGCCCAUCCGGCUGCCAGUGCAGCCAGCCACAGACAGUCUUCUGCACUGCCCGCCAGGGGACCACGGUGCCCCGAGACGUGCCACCCGACACGGUGGGGCUGUACGUCUUUGAGAACGGCAUCACCAUGCUCGACACAGGCAGCUUUGCCGGCCUGCCGGGCCUGCAGCUCCUGGACCUGUCACAGAACCAGAUCGCCAGCCUGCCCAGCGGGGUCUUCCAGCCACUCGCCAACCUCAGCAACCUGGACCUGACAGCCAACAGGCUGCAUGAAAUCACCAAUGAGACCUUCCGUGGCCUGCGGCGCCUCGAGCGCCUCUACCUGGGCAAGAACCGCAUCCGCCACAUCCAGCCUGGUGCCUUCGACACGCUCGACCGCCUCCUGGAGCUCAAGCUGCAGGACAACGAGCUGCGGGCACUGCCCCCGCUGCGCCUGCCCCACCUGCUGCUGCUGGACCUCAGCCACAACAGCCUCCUGGCCCUGGAGCCCGGCAUCCUGGACACUGCCAACGUGGAGGCGCUGCGGCUGGCCGGUCUGGGGCUGCAGCAGCUGGACGAGGGGCUCUUCAGCCGCUUGCGCAACCUCCACGACCUGGAUGUGUCCGACAACCAGCUGGAGCGAGUGCCACCUGUGAUCCGAGGCCUCCGGGGCCUGACGCGCCUGCGGCUGGCCGGCAACACCCGCAUUGCCCAGCUGCGGCCUGAGGACCUGGCUGGCCUGGCUGCCCUGCAGGAGCUGGAUGUGAGCAACCUAAGCCUGCAGGCCCUGCCUGGCGACCUCUCGGGCCUCUUCCCCCGCCUGCGGCUGCUGGCAGCUGCCCGCAACCCCUUCAACUGCGUGUGCCCCCUGAGCUGGUUUGGCCCCUGGGUGCGCGAGAGCCACGUCACGCUGGCCAGCCCUGAGGAGACGCGCUGCCACUUCCCGCCCAAGAACGCUGGCCGGCUGCUCCUGCAGCUUGACUACGCUGACUUUGGCUGCCCAGCCACCACCACCACAGCCACAGUGCCCACCACGAGGCCCGUGGUGCGGGAGCCCACAGCCUUGUCUUCUAGCUUGGCUCCUACCUGGCUUCGCCCCACAGAGCCGGCCACUGAGGCCCCCAGCCCGCCCUCCACUGCCCCACCGACUGUAGGGCCUGUCCCCCAGCCCCAGGACUGCCCACCGUCCACCUGCCUCAAUGGCGGCACAUGCCACCUGGGGACACGGCACCACCUGGCGUGCCUGUGCCCCGAAGGCUUCACAGGCCUGUACUGUGAGAGCCAGAUGGGGCAGGGGACACGGCCCAGCCCUACACCCGUCACGCCGAGGCCACCACGGUCCCUGACCCUGGGCAUCGAGCCGGUGAGCCCCACCUCCCUGCGCGUGGGGCUGCAGCGCUACCUCCAGGGGAGCUCCGUGCAGCUCAGGAGCCUCCGCCUCACCUAUCGCAACCUAUCGGGCCCUGAUAAGCGGCUGGUGACGCUGCGGCUGCCUGCCUCGCUCGCUGAGUACACGGUCACCCAGCUGCGGCCCAACGCCACUUACUCCGUCUGUGUCAUGCCUUUGGGGCCCGGGCGGGUGCCGGAGGGCGAGGAGGCCUGCGGGGAGGCCCAUACACCCCCAGCCGUCCACUCCAACCACGCCCCAGUCACCCAGGCCCGCGAGGGCAACCUGCCGCUCCUCAUUGCGCCCGCCCUGGCCGCGGUGCUCCUGGCCGCGCUGGCUGCGGUGGGGGCAGCCUACUGUGUGCGGCGGGGGCGGGCCAUGGCAGCAGCGGCUCAGGACAAAGGGCAGGUGGGGCCAGGGGCUGGGCCCCUGGAACUGGAGGGAGUGAAGGUCCCCUUGGAGCCAGGCCCGAAGGCAACAGAGGGUGGUGGAGAGGCCCUGCCCAGCGGGUCUGAGUGUGAGGUGCCACUCAUGGGCUUCCCAGGGCCUGGCCUCCAGUCACCCCUCCAUGCAAAGCCCUACAUCUAAGCCAGAGAGAGACAGGGCAGCUGGGGCCGGGCUCUCAGCCAGUGAGAUGGCCAGCCCCCUCCUGCUGCCACACCACGUAAGUUCUCAGUCCCAACCUCGGGGAUGUGUGCAGACAGGGCUGUGUGACCACAGCUGGGCCCUGUUCCCUCUGGACCUCGGUCUCCUCAUCUGUGAGAUGCUGUGGCCCAGCUGACAAGCCCUAACGUCCCCAGAACCGAGUGCCUAUGAGGACGGUGUCCGCCCUGCCCUCCGCAACGUGCAGUCCCUGGGCACGGCGGGCCCUGCCAUGUGCUGGUAACGCGUGCCUGGGCCCUGCUGGGCUCUCCCACUCCAGGCAGACCCUGGGGGCCAGUGAAGGAAGCUCCCGGAAAGAGCAGAGGGAGAGCGGGUGGGCGGCUGUGUGACUCUAGCCUUGGCCCCAGGAAGCGAAGGAACAAAAGAAACUGGAAAGGAAGAUGCUUUAGGAACAUGUUUUGCUUUUUUAAAAUAUAUAUAUAUAUUUAUAAGAGAUCCUUUCCCAUUUAUUCUGGGAAGAUGUUUUUCAAACUCAGAGACAAGGACUUUGGUUUUUGUAAGACAAACGAUGAUAUGAAGGCCUUUUGUAAGAAAAAAUAAAAGAUGAAGUGUG